AGUGAGAUUGAAAAAUACAAUUCGUGAAGAAAUUGGAGUUGCCAAGUAUUGCAUUAUUGUUGAUGAAGCCCGUGAUGAGUCAUAAAAAAAGAGCAAAUGUCUAUUGUGUUGCGGUUUGUGGACACUAAUGGAUUCAUUCAAGAACGUUUUUUGGGCUUGUUCAUAUUUUCGAUACUGCAGCUUUGACUUUAAAGAACGCCAUACAUUCUGCUUUGGCUCAUUAUAAUUUGGAUGUUCAAAAUAUUAGAGGUCAAGGUUACGAUGGGGCCAGUAAUAUAAGGGGUGAAUUCAAUGGAUUGCAAGCUUUGAUUAUGAAAGAUUGUAAGACUGCUUACUAUGUUCAUUGCUUUGCUCAUCGGCUACAGUUAGCUCUUGUUGCGGCAGCAAAAAAACUGACUCACAUUCAUAUGUUUUUUGAUAAAUUAAUUUCUAUAGUUAAUAUGGUUGGUGCUUCUUGCAAGCGUAAUGAUGAAUUGAAGAAAGCUCACGCGGAUGACAUUGCCCAUUUGAUUUCUAUUAAUGAACUCGAGACAGGGCCUGGACUUAAUCAGAUCAGCACUUUACAACAAGCUGUUAAUACGCGUUGGAGUUCUCAUUUCAGAUCAUUAUCAAGUUUGAUCAGGAUGUUCAGUGCAGCAUGUACGGUAUUGCUCAAAGUUAUGGAGGAUGGGCUUCCUUCCCAACGAGCCGAUGCAACAUCUGUUUAUGAUGAAAUGACUUCGUUCGAUUUUGUAUUUAUCUUACAUCUAAUGAGUGAGAUUAUGGGGAUCACAGAUUUUCUUUGCCAGACUUUACAAAGGAAGUCUCAAGACAUUUCGAAUGCAAUGGAGCUUGUGUCAUCUACAAAAAGAUUACUACAAGAGUUAGGGGAUGACAAGUGGGAUAAUUUGCUUGAAAAAGUGAAGUCUUUUUGUGUGGCUCGUAACAUUAAUAUUCCUGAUUUUAGUGCUCAGUAUGUUGAUAGACGACGUCGAGCUCGUAGUCAUCAAGACAUCACCAUUGGGCAUCAUUAUCGAGUAGACUUUUUUUAUGUCACGAUCGAUUCACAAAUGCAAGAAAUUAAUGUGCGUUUUAGUGAAGAUGCGACAGAAUUGCUCAUGCUUAGUUCUGCAUUAAAUCCUCAAAAUACAUCCGAGGCUUUGAGAAUACAAGAUAUAUGCAAAUUGGUUGGCAAAUUUUAUGCACAAGAUUUUACAAGUGAAGAAAAAGAGAGUUUGAAUAUGCAACUGAAACAUUAUGAGCAUAAUGUAGUCAAAUGGUCAGACUUCAAAACUCUUUCAACCAUUUCUGAGUUGUGUCAAUGGUUGGUAAAGACUAAUAAAUCUGCUACAUAUGACCUCAUUUUUAGAGUGAUCGUACUUGUGCUUACUCUUCCAGUUUCUACUACUACUGCAGAACGAUCAUUCUCAGCUAUGAAUAUCGUCAAGACUAGGCUUCGAAGCAAAAUGGAGGAUGCUUUCCUCUCCGACGCAUUAAUGGUGUUUAUUGAAAGAGAAAUUGCUAAAAGUCUGAGCAUUGAUGCUAUCAUUGAAGACUUUGAAAAUUUUAAGGAACGUCGAAUUCCUUUUAGUUAGAGAAAUUUUAGUUAUAAAAAAAUAGAUGAUGCUUAUUUGACUAUUUUCUAUAUAAUAUUUGUCUUCCUCUUUUGAAAUAUUUUGGAGAUAUUGAUGUUGGCUAUUCUACUCGUUUUAUUUGGGUUGUGGUAUAUCUCUUGUGAAUAAAAUUACAUUAAGAAAAAAUUUUAUCCAUCUUUUGUACACGGCCCCCCAGAACUAAAAUCCUGGAUCCGCCCCUGUUCGGAUGGCAUAAAUAGAGAAUAUAUAUGUUAGAAAAUGAGAUAAGUAUGUCUACAUGCAACACAUGUACACUAUACUAGUUUUUUUGCUAUGUACCCUGUCGUUCAAAUAUAUAUUAUAGAUAAUGUUAGAUUUCCAAGUUUAGUUCACAAGGAAAAACUAGAGUAGUAAUCCAAUUAUAGGUUCAGGUUUAUUGAAACUUUUGCAGCCUACAUUUCAUAUAUGCAUAACAUGUA